CGGUCUUAAAAUAAAUUAUGAGCAAUGCAAGAUGUGACAGCUGAGCAUUUUUGAUCAAUGAUUAUCAAUACUAAACAUUUUACGAAUAGAUUGCAUCUAUAGGAAACAUGGCAGAUGAAAAACCCAUAAAGGUUGGAACUAGAGUGGAGGUAGUAGGGAAGGGAGUUACUGGUAAAGUUGCCUACAUUGGUUCUACUUUGUUUUCCAGUGGGAAAUGGAUUGGUGUUAUUUGUGAUGGAGCCAAAGGUAAAAACAAUGGUACAGUACAAGGCAAGACUUAUUUUACCUGUGAAGAUAACCAUGGAAUAUUUGUUAGACAGUCACAGAUAGUAUCUAUUGAUGAUGAUACUAGUAAGUCUCCUGCACCUGAACCACACCAGACUCCAGCAAAACCUGCUUCAACAGGAAUACCUAAGUCAGCACGCAAAUCUGGUCUACGUCCACCAAGUUAUGCUGGAAAAAGUACAGAGAAUUUAGCUGAGGCAACACCAAAGAGAGCACCAAGUGUACCAUCUGACUUGUCUAGCGUAGGACAGACUCCUGGUUUAAGUAAAGACAAGCCUGGCUCUAUGACAAGAUUACCACAACGUGGUCAUGGUGGUAGUAAAGAGACUUUGUCAGCUGUUGAGAAACCAUCAGAAUUACCCAAGAUGGGUAUGUACAGAUCACCUGCAAUGUAUAAGCAAAUGACAAAAGAGUCCAAGAGAUUAAGUCUUUCUUCAGAGAAAGUUGUCAUGGAUACGAGUAGAAUGGCAAUGUCAAUGGAAGGUGCCAUUCCUGAUACUAAACGUCCGAGCAUUACACCUGAUGAUACCAAACGUAUGAGCAUGAGUAUGUCAGCAGAGGGCAGUCUAACAAACAUCCAACAACUACAGGAGAUGGAAGGAUUAAAGGCAGAGAUCAAAGAUCUUAAUGAAAAGCUUGAGACUUUGAAAAUUAAACGUGGAGAUGAUAAAACAAAACUCAAAGAGUUUGAAAAAGUCAAAAUACAGUUACAGCAGCUGCAAGAGUACAAAGUUAAAGCCCAAGAAUUACACAAAGAGACACAACAACAUCUACUAGCUGCAAAGAAGGAUGCUAAAGAUGUACAGGAGAGCUUUGAUGCCUAUAAAGAUGAAAUGACAGACUUAUCAGAAACAGUGGAAAUUGCUACGCUUGAUAAAGAAAUGGCUGAGGAGAAAUCUGAAGGUUUACAACAGGAGGUAGAAAACUUGAAAGAGAAAGUAGAAGAACUGACAGUGGAUCUUGAAAUCCUCAGAAGUGAAAUUAGUGAAAAGGGAACAGAUGGUGUAGCAUCCGACUACCAAGUUAAACAGUUAGAACAGCAGAAUGAGAGAUUAAGAGAUGCUCUUGUUAAAAUGAGAGAUUUAUCAAACCAAGAGAAGAACGAUGCUGCAAGGAAAACCAAAUUAAAUGAAGACAUGUUGAAAGAGUUAACAACAUUAAAGAAAGAUAAGGAAAAGUUACAGACUGAAGUGGCUUCUCUCCAGGCUGAGAUGAUUGACUUAAAAGAUCAGGUGGAUGCUGCUUUGGGUGCAGAAGAAAUGGUAGAAACUCUGACAGAGAGAAAUCUGAAGUUAGAGGAUAAGAUACAGUCACUUGAAGAAGAAAUGGCAGAUUUGGAAGCACUUCAUGAAAUGAAUGAAGAAUUACAGGAGAAUGCACGAGAAUCAGAGCUAGAACUGAGAGAAGAUAUGGACCUGGCUAAUGGUAAAGUAGCUGAGUACAAAAGAAAACUGGAUGCUACAUCAGAAACUAUUGCUGACUACGAAUCAACUAUUAGUAAAUUCAGAGAAUUAGUUACCAGUCUAAAGGAAUCCAUUAGAGAAUUACAAAGUAAGCAAGCUGAAGCUGGACAGAAAGAAGCCACGCCAACCAUUGAAACCUUUGAUUUCAAGGCUAAGUUUGCAGAAACUAAGGCUUAUGCAAAGACAAUAGACAUGGAGUUGAGGAAGUUAGAGGUAGCACAAGCCAAUAAACAUAUUGCAAUGUUACAGUCUUUUAUGCCUGAAUUCUUUGUCAACAGGGGAGGUGAUCACGAUGCUGUACUGGUAUUACUGAUGAUACCCAGGAUCAUUGGUAAAGCUGAAAUGUUGUCAUCUCAAGUCAAAGAAAAGUUUGAAUUGACAGAAGGGAUUAAUAGAGAGACAGUACUUAAAAGUCAUAAAGCAGAACAGAGUAGUUUUGGAAACAAUGUUAUACUAAUGCUGAGUACUCUACAGGCUAUUCUUAGACAGUAUGAAAGUGCUUUGAACACUUGUAGUACAGAUCUUUUAUUGAAGAUAGGAACAUUAAUACCAGAAAUGAAUGCUCAUGAGAAGUCAAUGGACUAUUUUGUAGAACUACUGAGGAAGGAUACUUUGGAUGAGACAGUAUCUUUAGAUCUACUAGAGAAGUCAAUUGCAUACUUCCAGCAACUCUACACUGUCCAUUUGUCUUCAGAGAAAGUUGACUGUACUUCUAUGAUGGCAGAUAAGAUCAGAAUGACAACCAAUGCAUGUGACUGUAUAUCCACUGAUAUCGCAAGACUAAGAGUACUGCUUCAGGCUGGACAGGAACAAACAGAAAUAUCUAUUUUAAUGAGAGAUAUGGAAACAUGUUGUAAUGAUAGCAGAACUUGUGCAAGAAAGAUAAAGAGAAGAUUACCACAGAAGACAGGACCAGCAACACCUUUAAACUUUGGGAAGGAGAUACAAACUUUAUUGUCUGAAGCAGGAAAGAAUAUCACCCAUGUAGUAAGAUCAUUGCAGUAUACAGCUGCAGGGGCCAUGCAACAAGCUGCCUUACUGACAGGUGGAAGAAUGGACAUAGAGAACAUCAAAAAGGAUACUGAAGGAUUGCUGCCUAAGAAGAUAGAAGAAAUAGCUUACCAAGCUACAGACAAAGUAUAUGGUAAAGAAGAUAACGGACCCUAUGAUACUUUAAGAAAGUCGUUUGGUAUGGUAGCUGGGGCAAUGAACAAGUUGGCCAAUGCUAUGGAGAAUGGAGAAUAUGAUUUUGAUGGAACACAUGAGAAAAUGCCACUUUCUCCUGUAAAAGUAAGAGCAGAUAUGUUAAGGACACAAAUUGCUGACAUUGAGUUGAUGAAACACAGGAUGGCAACAAAAGAUGAAGAGAUUAUAGAACUGAAGAAAAAACUUCUCAUGAAGCAAGAAGAACUAAGCAGUCAACAAGUCAGAUUGGGACUGUUAGAGAAGAAGGUUGAAAAUGCUACGAGAGAUAGUGAUGACCGCACAGAUCAAAUGCAAAGAAAAAUGGACGAUCAGCUGGCACAGUUCAAGAAAAAAGAGAAACAGUAUGAAGAAACGUUGGAUUCAUUACAAGCAGACAUUGAUGCUCUAGAACAUGAGAAAUAUGAACUGAAAGAAAGAUUGAAAGUGUUGUCUAAAAAGUCAUUAUUAGAGGGUAUAUCAAGACAAGCUUCAGCUACAAGUCCCUUAUCACCAAUGGGAGGUAUGCCAACAGCAAUCCAAGAAUCACCAGUUCUUCAACAACAGAUUGUCACUCUGAAAGAAGCAUUGAAGUUUACAAAGAAUGAGAAUAUACGAUUACAAGCUGAUCAAAUGAAGGAUAAAAUGGCUAAAUUACCUCCCUUGAGAGUACCAAAACGAGCUCCAUGGAUGAAUAGACAUAAAGAACCAGAUAAACCUAGAGAGAUUCCAGAUGGCUUUCCUGGUGCUGCUGACUUAAAGAACCUUGUCAAACAGACAGUAGAGUUACAAAAUGAAGUAAAUAAUUUGUGUUCUCAUCCAAGAGUUGUUGAUAUUACAAAGCGUAAACCUGGUUUAGAACCAGCAUCACAGAGUGUAGAUCCUAUAAAAGAAUUGAUAGCCAGAACAACAUUACUGACAUUACUGGAGAAAAAGAUGCAAGAGUUACAAGCCAAUAUAACAACAGUACAAGCUGCUAACAGACCUGGAGGACAAGUCAGAGCAGAUUUCUCUACAUUUCCUACUCCACAGUUUGCUAAGAUGCUGCAUGAAAAGAGUGGUGACAGUAUGUUAGUAGCCAAGAUAACUAUACCUGUGAAAGGUUGCCAUGGAGAACGUGUACCUAUACAUGUGACAUCAGAUCAAUUACAGAAAAUACAUUUAUUAUUUACAUGAUUAGUGCUUUAUAUGUAAUACAUUUGUUUAUGAUUUGUGAAACACUAAUUUUCAUCAUUAUUCAAGUUUGAAAAAAUAAAACAAGACACCCAAGCAUUGUGAUUGGUCAACAUGGCCAUAUUAGUUGAAAGAAAUUACCCAUAGUCCUUUUUAUUCUGAACAGUGAAUUGUUCAUGAACACAAAAUGUCUCAAAUAGUUUCAUAUUUUCGCUCUACUUGAGAUAUAAAUUAAACGAAAAGCUGUUUUAGAACCAAAAUGUCUAUGUUAAUGAAAAUUCAUAUUUAUUGAUUGAUUCAGUUUAACUGUACUACUAGAAUGGAAAAUUUUGAAUAUUUGUAAUCAAAUAUAAAUAUGUUCUUUUCAAAAUCUGACUAAUAAUACAUGUUUAAAUAUUUAUUAUGUUAAUAAGUUCAUUUUGAAGAUGAAUGAAAAUUAGUGUUUUUUUAUAUUUAUAUGGUUUAUUUAUUAUUACAAUUAUGUGGUUAAAUUCAUUGACAUUUAACAAUAUUAAGAAACAAAAUUUUUAAUAGUGCAAUAAACAUUAUACAUUUGCUACAUAGAAAAAAAAUCAUCUAGUUUGGUUGAGGAUAUGUAGGAAUAAUAUCUUCUUGUUUAGUUUUGGGGAUAUGUAGAGAUAUUAUUAUACCAAAGUCACACCAUAACCUAGAAUAACUUUUGUUUUUAUAUCUAGAAAUAUUAAUAAACAUCAAAAAGUUUUCACACUCAAGAUAUGCUUUACUCCUUAAUACAUGCAUGAACUAUUAAACAUCCAUGUUUUGACCAACUGCAUUUUUAAGGAAAGACCAAUAGGAGUGAUGACUUGUGCUUUGUGUGAAAUUGUACUGUAAUAUACAAGGAAAAAAAUGCUAUUGACAAACUUUAAUAAUAAAUUUUCAAGUUGAACAGAAAAUAGCAAAUAUGUUUAGAUGUGAAUCUAUCUACAAGACAAACGAUUUCCAUAUAAGUAGUAACACAUACAUGUAGGAACAUUUUUCGACAGAUCUUAGUCUGUCAGCUUUGAAUGCUUCUUAUAAAAUAAUGUUUUCCAAAUCUGUGUAUACUGGUAAACAUUCAUCAUCUUGAUGAAAUGUAAAAAUAUUAGUAUGCAAUAAGGAAAGUAAUGCACACCUUACAGAAGACCCAAGUGCAAUUAUUUAUGUGCAUAUGUGCAAUUAAACAAAGAGUAAAGCUCUUGUGAUAGUAUCAUUAUAAUGAAAAAUUGUGCUCUUAUAUAAAAUUGAGAAUGCGUCAAAGAGACAACAACCUGUCCUGAGAGCAGAAAACAGCCAAUGGCCACCAUAUGUACAUUAUGUCUAAGAAAUUAAGCAUGGGAUAAACAAAAGACACACUCUUGAUUUAUACCAAAUUCGAGAUAAUAUAUCUGUUUUUAGAGAGGAUUUUAUUCGUUAUUUUGUGAAAUGAAUGAAAAUAAACUUAUUUUUUAAAAUCUUGCCACUAUGAGUAGAAAUUUAAAAUUGCAGUUGUUUUACUGAAAAUCAAAUGUAGCAUUGUCAAAAUUAUUUAUUGUGCUUUGGUGAUUUACUAUAUACUGUCAAAUGCAAACACAUGCUUUGGUCAAAGUUAAUGCAAGUCAAUGUUAAAUCAUCAAUAAAAUAUGAAAAAUGA